AUGAGCCACCGGCGAGUGGAGGCAUGCGACUCCUGGCGCCCGCCGCCCGUGCCUGGGCACGCGCCUGCUCUCCUCCUCCGCGCGGGUAACCCCUGGGGCCGCUCCUACCCACCCUGCGCCUUCGCGUCCCUCUCCGUCCGUGAGGGCGGGGCGGCCGCCGUCAAGGCGGAGGAUGUGGAAGAGGAGAAGGAGAGAACGCUGGCUCAGGUGGCAGCCGAGGUCUCUGGGACGAAGGGCAAGAUGCCGCCGGUGGCGCAGCUGCUGAAGCACCCCCUGGCGCUGCUGGCGCUGGUGCCCAGCAGCGUCGCGCUCUUCGCGGCCGGCGCCGGGGCGGGCGCCGUCGCCAAGACGGUCACCGCGCCGCUCGACCGCGUCAAGCUCCUCAUGCAGACACAUAGCGUGCGGAUGGCGGGUGAGAGCACCAAGGGAAUUGGAUUCGUGCAGGCUAUGGCAGAGAUAGGGAAGGAGGAAGGUAUAAAGGGUUACUGGAAGGGCAAUCUUCCACAGGUGCUUGAUAUUACCCAUCUUGCAAAUUAUGAUUUUGUGUCUCAUGCAUGGUUUAUCUUGUGUUCCCAUGCUGACUUGUUUCUUCUCCAUAAACUCCUCCAGGUUAUCCGCAUAAUUCCAUACAGUGCAGUACAACUUUUCUCAUAUGAAGUUUACAAGAAAGUAUUCCGGAGAAAGGAUGGAGAGCUUACUGUAUUUGGGAGACUUGCGGCUGGGGCUUGUGCGGGCAUGACUUCUACACUUGUGACUUACCCACUGGAUGUCCUCCGGCUUAGGCUAGCAGUUCAAUCUGGACAUAGCACUAUGUCACAGGUUGCUCUGAACAUGCUGAGAGAAGAAGGGCUAGCUUCCUUCUAUGGGGGCCUUGGUCCAUCUCUUAUAGGAAUUGCACCUUACAUCGCUGUAAACUUCUGUGUUUUUGACCUAAUGAAGAAAUCCGUACCGGAGAAGUACAAGAGUAGACCAGAGACUUCUCUAGCAACUGCUCUUCUUUCAGCAACAUUUGCAACUUUGAUGUGCUAUCCGUUGGACACUGUUAGGAGGCAGAUGCAAAUGAAAGGCACACCGUACAAUACAAUUUUCGAUGCCAUACCAGGCAUUGUGGAGCGUGACGGUCUAGUUGGGCUAUACAGAGGUUUUGUGCCAAACGCGUUGAAAAAUCUACCAAAUAGCAGCAUUAAACUCACCGCAUUCGACACAAUGAAGAUCUUGAUAUCUACUGGGCAAAAGGAACUGGAAAAAAUAAUGCAAGAAAAUCAGGAGAAAACAAGCUAG